AUGAACACGUUGAUUGCAUCGCUCCUCGUAUGUUUUCAACUAUCGGCCCAAACUGAAAUUGAAUAUCGACAUUUAGGUCGGCCAUGUAAAGUAAAUCAUUGUGAUAAUGAACAUGUGUGUGUACGACGAAAGGAUAUUAGUUUACAAUAUCGCUGUGUUCCGAAGGUUUACUUCAAAGAUCAUCCGGAAAAAGUUACUGAAUGGAAUUUAAGUCCGUCGAUCAUGGAUGAGAUAUUAAAUGCUACAAAGUGUCAAUCGUGUUUGGCUGAACCGUUGAAUUAUGUUUGUGGAACCGAUGGACGUAUGUACCGAUCGGCUUGCUUUAUGGAAUAUUUCAACUGUUUAUUGGACACAGAUGUUCAAAUAGCAUGUGAUAGAGAAUGUCCGUGCAAUGAUACAAAUUUUGAAGAACUGGAUGCAGAUGAGAAAGAGAAACCUGUCAAUGAUCCUCUUGCUGAUGGUAGUCCCGAUGAUUCGAGAGGAUACUUCGAACAAUGUCCACGAUCUGUUCAUCGUGAAUUACGUAAUCGUUUCUUUGAUUGGUUCCAUCAAAUCGAGAAACUUGAACAUAAAAGUCAAUAUUACGGAUCAAUUGGCAAUUGUCAUCCAAUGGUUUCAUACAUGUUUUAUCAUUUCGAUUUUACAAAUGAUUCGGAGCUCAAUGACGAUGAAUUGAAUAGUAUUGAACAUCUAAAAGAUGAAUCUUGCACCGAUAUAUUCUUUCAACGAUGUGAUCAUGAUGGUAAUCAUCGAAUAUUCCCGUACGAAUGGUGCAAUUGUUUUAAAUACGCGCUUUUACCUUGUGAGCUGCACAACCAAGAUUUGGAUACAGCCUACUGGAAUCAUUCGAUGGAAGGAAUCUUUCGGCCACGAUGCACUUCAAAUGGAUAUUAUGCAGCGAGGCAAUGUAACACGGAAACACCGAGACAGUGCUGGUGUGUGGAUAAACAUGGAAUUGAAGUUGAGGGCACACGAGACGAUGAUGAUCAUAUGGCUCAAUGUGUUGAUUUCUUCUUCUUCUUGGUUAAGAAAAAAAUAUUCGUUGAAAAGGACGUCGAAUCAUCAAUUCAAACUUUAGAGUUAAUGAAAAUGAACCAUUGUUAUCUUUUACAAAUUUCUCUCGUAUUCAUGCUCCUAUUUUCAAUGUCCUUCGGGCGGAUAUUACCUGCUCGUCAACUUGAUUCCUAUGAUUACGAAAAACAACUGAAUUUCGAAUCCGAUAUGUCCGAUCUAGCUCAUAGUCAACAUAGACAGUCAGACAAAGACGUGCAUGUUUAUCAACGAGCCGUUCUAAGUACAUCUCGUGCAUCUGCAACUCGUCAGCAAAUUAUUGAUAUUCUUCGACAAGCGUACAAUCAAGGCUGGAAACCUAAUAUAAAACACUAUAUGCCCGGAACAAGAUUUGGUCGACAUCGUUAA